AAUGGCGCCAUGUCAGUGACAGUAGUGACCUUACUGUAUAUGGUAGUGACACUGGUACGCUUAAUGUAGUGGAUAUUCAAGUGUCCUCGACAUGAUGGCACUACUAAUUAGAGUAUCGAAACAAGUACAGAGGAAAUCUUUCCAAAAUCCCUUACUGUAUAGGCUUUCAUCGGAAUGCUCGGCUUCACGAAAAGGCCCUGAGAGCAAAGAGGAGUGUAAAUGGAUGUUUGGAUCGUCUCAGGACAUUUUAGCCGUAGUUCGAGGACAUGUUGAAGUUAGACAAAAUUUCAUCAGCGAAGAAGAGGAGAAUGAACUUUUCAAAGAAGUAGAGACAGGACUUAGAAAAAAGCGAUAUGAAUUUGACCACUGGGACGAUGCUAUUCACGGCUACAGAGAAACAGAGCGCCUGCAGUGGGGAGUUACCUGUGAAAGUAUCUUAAGGCGGGUGAGAGCAGUUGCAUUUCCUGAAGACAGUCCACUGCUUGGGCCAGUUCACGUUCUGGACCUGGACAAGGACGGCUAUAUCAAGCCCCAUAUUGACAGUGUGAAGUUCUGUGGAAGCACUAUUGCAGGGCUGAGCCUGUUGUCCGAUAGUGUUAUGCGAUUGACCCCAGAAAAUAAAUCCACAGAUUGGGUGGACUUGCUUCUUAGUCGGCGCUCACUUUAUAUAUUAAGGGAUGAUGCUCGAUUUAAAUUUACCCAUGGAAUCCUGAAAGAUGAAGAAUCCUUUUUCUCAGGACAGAAGGUUCCACGUCAUCGCCGCAUCUCUGUGAUCUGUCGAAACCUGCCUGUUUGAACGGAGACUGGACUGACUUUAGCACUUAUCCUGGAAACGCUGUGGCUUUUUCACAUUACUACCCUGGUCUAAAACUGUUCAUCUUUCAGAUGCUCAAACAUAGCUAAAAAUGUGUCAAUCAGAUGCAUUUUUCCUGGAACAACCACAAAAUAAUGAACUGCUGAAAACAUUCAGCUCACUGAAAUGUGGUCCAAAUACCUGUAGUAUAUAUAUGAAGGGGAAAGAAUUGAUUUAUUCAGUGUAUAAUGUAAAAUGUGUCAUGGAAAAGAAUGAAGACAGUCUUUGGAACUGCUUCUAUUUACAAUGUCGAUGAAUAAAAUAUUUUUUGCUAUC